AUGGCGGAUAUUGUUCAGUCUAUAGCUUCCAAAGUGGCGGAAUACCUGGCAGCUCCAAUUGGUCGUCGAUGCGGCUACCUGAUAUUCUCCAACAGCUACGUUGGCCAACUGAAGGAAGAACUUGAGAAGCUGGAUGACGCGAGGGUUGGGCUGCAGCGCUCGGUCGUUGAUGCUGAAAACAACAUGAGGGAGAUAAAACGCGAAGUUAACAGAUGGAAGAAUGAUGCAGAGACUGUCGCCAACAAGGCGCGCGGCAUGCUGGAUAACGAGGGAAGAGCCAAGAAAACUUGCUUCUGCGGGUGGCUUCCCAACCCAAAGGAGCGUUAUUGUCUCGGCAGGGACGCGAGGAAGACAGCCCAGGCCAUCCAGGCACUCAUCCCACAAGGUAAAUUCGAGAGCGUCUACUAUGAGAGUGCUCCGCCGGGGCGUGUCACUGGCACUCCCGAUGUGAAUUCCUCAGCCGGUGAUGGGGGCGACACUAUCGCAGAUUCGCGAGCUUCCGUCUUUCAGGGCAUAAUGAAAGCUCUGGAUGAUGAGAAGCUAAGAGUGAUUGGGGUCUACGGGCCUGGCGGCGUGGGGAAGACUACGCUAUUGGAGGAAGUCGAGAAGAAACUCAGGAAAGAGAAGGGACCGUUCCACAUGAUCGUCAAAGCAAAAGUGUCACAGAUCCCUGUCUCGAAGAAUAUCCAAGAUGAGAUCGCUGACGCCUUGAAACUGGAUCUGAAGGACGUGCAAAGCGAACGCGGCCGGGCAAAUCGUCUGUUGGAGAGAUUACAGCGGGAUCCAACGGUUGGAAUUCCUUCAAGAGACAUUAGCGGGAAAUGCAAAUUGUUGCUCGCAUCAAGAUUUGAAGAUGUGCUGAAGCAAAAGAUGUGUGCCGAUGAAACAUUUUUUCUUGGAGGCCUAAACAACGACGAAGCUUUCGGGCUAUUUGCAAAGACGGUCGGCAACAGGCUCGAAGACGAUGAGGAUUUGAAAGCAAUAGCGGCUCGAGUGGUCAAGAAGCUUGCAGGUUUGCCUCUUUUGAUUAUCUCCGUUGCAAAAACCUUGAAAGAAAGCCCUGUGUCCGCAUGGAGAAUCGCACAGAUAGAAAUAGAUGAGUCAACUAAAGAAAUACAAGAAACAAUAGUGAAGUUGAGUUAUGGCCAUUUGAAGUGUGAGGACGCGAAGUGCUUAUUCUUGCUCUGCGGUCUUAUUGGCGGGACCAUUCAGGUCGAACUUCUAUGGGAUGGAGGCGAUGAUAAGAAACAUGUGACCAUACACGAUCUUUACAGCGAGGUGGUCAUCUCAGGUGCAUAUAGUGGGCAGGAUUCCUUAAUGAUUAACAACAAUUAUGGCUCAUGGCCAAAGGAAAAGCUUGAGAAAUGUUGGGCAUGCUUGGUUAAUGUUGGCAGUGAUAGGCUUGCUGAACUAAUGCUGCGUCAGUUUCCCCACGUGAAGAUACUUAUGUUGUCGGAACAAAACGAUAUGGGAGAUUGUAGUAGAAUUGAUUUCACAUACAUGGAGGAGCUUCGAGUCCUCUAUCUUCGCUCCAUGCGUAUCACCAGUUUACCUUCCUCGAUGGAAAUCCUCGGGAACCUCCGGUCAUUAAGCAUAAAUUGCUAUGUGGGGGAUGUGGCAAAUCUUGGCAAGCUCAAAGCAUUGCGGAUUCUUAGCUUCAAUGGGUCUAUAAUUUCUAGACUGCCUAAAGAAAUCGGGAAACUAACAAAUCUAAGAUCGUUGAAUCUGAACCACUGCUACUUGCUUAAGAUAAUCGAGCCUGGAGCCCUAAAAGGCUUAAUCAACUUGGAAGAGUUACAUAUGAAGAAUAGCUUUGAUGGGUGGAUGGGCAAGCAUGAAAUACCGUCGGAAUCGUGUGUUGCUGGGCUUGCUGAGUUGAAAAGCCUGACAAAGCUGGCAUCUUUGGAAAUAUCGAUUCCGGAUCCCAUCAUACUCUUAGAGGAUGGUGACCUACCAUUUGAGAACCUGCACAAAUUUUGGAUCAAAAUAGGAUAUUUCAGGUUUUGGAUCGACAGGGAAUAUGAAGGUUUGACAGCCAUGUCUCUCGAUAUGGACGGGGUGGAAGGGUGCGAUAGUAUUCUUUCAAGAAAAUGGGUUAAGAAAAAUCUGCAGAAGACUCAAUGCUUAUAUUUAAGCCGGUUGAGUGAGUUCAAAGAGAGCCCUCAUGAAUUGUGCACCCAAGGAUUCCGAGAAGUGAAGUAUCUCAGCAUUACAAAAAGCCCCUUAAUCAAGUACAUUGCCGAUUCAUCCAAUGCCGAUCCAUCCAAUGGCCUUCCUCUCAUUGCUUUUGGGAAGUUAGAGUCUUUUUACCUUCAAAAUCUUGUUAAUUUGGAGAAGAUAUGCCAUGGACCCAUUGCGCCAGAGUGCUUCAACAAAUUGAAAGUCAUGAGAGUAAAUUGGUGCAAACGAUUGAAAUACUUGUGGCGUCUUUCAGAUAUGCAAAGACUUGUACAAUUGGAAGAGAUUUCAUUGUGGGAAUGUGAAUCAAUGCAAUCCAUUGUCACACAUGAUCCAGGAGAAGAUAUAGUUUAUACCAAUAACAAAGUUGAGUUGCCUAAUGUACGUCAUCUGGGAUUGAUUAACUUACCAAAUAUGACAAGCUUUUGUACCAAAGCUGAAAUCACAUCAAAGGAUAUUCCAAUCCAGGUUUCAUUGCCUUGCUUGGAAUCCCUGGUGAUGUUUGGACUCCUUGGCCUAGAAAAGAUACUCUAUAGUGAACCUUCAUUAAAAUACAGUAAUCUGAAAUCGCUAAAGAUAAAGGAGUCUACAUCCACGUCGAUUAUUCUAAAGGAUUGGAUACUGAAGUUGCCGAAUUUGGAGUCAAUGAAAAUUGCGUGCACUCCAUCUGUAGAAGUUGUUUUCAACCUAGAGGAGCUAAAAGUCAUCAAAGAAGUGGAGAUUCUCUCUCGGCUCAGUACAUUGGAAUUAUCUAAGUUGCCGAACCUGCGGCACAUGUGGAAACAAGAUGUAAAACUACAAGGAAUAUCGAUCCUUCAGAACUUGAAGAAGCUCUUUAUCAACAAUACGGGACUCUCAUUUCUCUUUCCACUGUCUGUGGCUAAAUGUCUUAGAGAAAUUAGAGACAUUAAAGUGGUGGAUUGUCCGAAUAUGAAGGCGGUGAUUGUUGAUGAAGAAGGAAGAGAUGAUGGGAUAGAUGAUAUUAUAGAGUUCCCAUUAUUGGAGCGACUAUCUAUAAGCCACUGUCCCACGGAGAAAUUCUUCUCAUAUCCUCAUGGACAAAAAGAGUCAAUAACCACUACUUCAGAUUCACAAGAUACUUAUUCGGAUUCUUUCUUUGAUCAAAAGGUAUGA